AUGAGAACCCUAAGCCCUCAGCUCCUCUCUCCUUGCUGUUACAUUCUUCCUUCUCCCACCAUCAUUGGCCGCCGCCCCUCCCCCCAUCGCACCCAUUUCAUCCGCUCAACUUGCAACACCACCGAUAACCCUGACAUCUGCUACUCGUCCAUCCCUUCUGCUCUGGCUAUCGUCGGCAUCACCGUGGCUCUUCCAAUGGUCCGUCGUGUAGCCUCCGAUGUCUCUGCUCUCUCUCGCAAAGCCAACGACAGCUAUGCGGUCGCGCUUAGCAUCUGCGUUAAGACCCUUGGGACCGCGAUAGAUGACGUAGGUGGCGGGUUAUAUUGGCUGCGCCAGUUAGCAGAAGCCAAAGGCCGUGAUUUCGAGUUCAAGAUGUUCUCCCUGAAAACCGAGUUGUCAGCGGCGAUUACGUACGAGACGACGUGUACGGACGGGUUCAAAGAUGAACCAGAAGUCCGGUGAAGAAGGGGGUUGUGGAUCGCGUGGCGUAUGCGGUUGAGUUCACAGCCAUGGCCUUGUCGCUUGUGACUUAUUAAGCCAAUCAUCACUGAUCGCCCCAAGAUGCUGGAUCAUGAAUUCCCGGAACCCGUGUCUAAUCACUUUCGCUGGAGAUUAUUGUUUUAAGACUUCUAUUUUCCGAUUGAAUAUAUCGAUAGACCUUUAGAAAUCAGAUAGAGCAAUUUAUAGUCAAUCGUAUAA